UGCCUGGUGCCGCUAGGCUCCGCUGUCGGGGGAGGGCAGCAGUAGCGGCGGCAGGGGAGAGUGAGCGGUGCACGGAGCCCCAACGGACAGAGGACAAGAUGGCGAGGAGAGUGAUCUAUCCGUUAUAUCAACUUGGAAACCCUCAGCUCCGGAUAUUUCGAACCAACUUUUUUAUGACCCUUGUAAGGCCUGGAAGGGAGCAGCCAGAGAAUACAGUCCAGUUUAGGAUUCCUAUGGAGAUGACAAAAUUUGAUGUGAAGAAUUACCUACAAAGCAUCUAUAGUGUCCCAGUAGCUGCAGUGAGGACCAGAAUACAAUACUGUACUAAUAAGAAGAGAAACCAUAAAAAUCAAAGGGUGAAGCGUCCUGAUUAUAAAGUCGCAUAUGUUCAGUUGGCCCAAGGUCAGACUUUCAAAUUUCCAGACAUUUUUCCUCAAAAAGAUCAAACUCCUGAACCAGGCUCUAUGGAAGAUAUCCAAAAUAAGUUUCUGGAAGAUGAGAAGCAGAAACAGAAAGCAGACCCACGGCGAGGAGGCGUCACUGAAUGGUUUGGACUUUAAGAGAAACAACUUUUCAAAAGUUUUUUUUAAAAAAGAAAAUAUUAUUUUCCAGAUAGCUUACUGACCAAGCAUGAACUGAGUAUUUUUGUUUUGAAAGAGUGUCAACUCGGCAGGUUUCAGAUGCUUCAUAUUGUUUAUUGUGAGGGGUACAUCCUGUGAACAUGCACUCAUCUUGUGUAACGUUUGCUGAACAACAGCUGUUCUUAACAAGUGAUUUGACUAGAUUCUUGUAAUCCAUCAUAAGGUGCUGUGUUGUAAGUUUGACUUUGAUUGAACUUUGACGUUGAUGAUUGGAAACCUGGUUGCCAGUAAUUGGUGCAAACACCUGAGCAUUGUUUGUCUGGAUCCAAAACACUCAAUCCUCUGGGAGCUGCGAAAGUCAGAAUGUAUAUGUAAGCACAUGAGGGCACCCUGACAGCUUAAAUUAAUUUGGUGAAAGGUUAAAUUCAACGUUGGCGGAACAAAAUGAAGUUAUACUAAGGCCAGAUGUCAUGUUAAAAGAUCACGCCUUCCAAGGAAUUUAUUGGAAUAGCCUGUAUACUGUUUUUGACACAGAAUCAAAUUUGUAAAUUGUAAUUGUUCAUUCUUAUUAAAACAACAGUCUAAUA